AUAAUCUGGAUUGGUCGAUGGCAUAGAAUAUCCCUUCCUUCUUGGUUGAUGGCGAGAGCCUUUCCCACUUGUCAGGCUCGCCUCUCCUUUCCCCGCCCUUGCAAUUCAUCCGUACACCUCAGCUCCACCACAAAACCCUGCUCACUUCCCACCAUGAGUGCUGCGAAACCCGCCGCGGGACACCGAAACAUCAACUCCCUCGAAAUCAUCGGCGCCCACGAGUCCCUGCUCUCGCAGUUCACCUCCUUGCAGCGCCCGUACAAUCCCUUCCCCUUCAUCACGUGGAACCGGCACGUUGAGACCAUAUUCGCCUCCUUCUUCCGCUCCCUUCCCGAUGUCGUUCUACGGAGAGAAUGUCUGCGAACGAGAGAUGAUGGUGCCGUGUCUCUCGAUUGGAUUGCGGGCGACGAUCGGCAAUUGGCGUCCGAUUGCCCGGUCCUUAUUCUACUGCCAGGUCUGACUGGAGGGAGUGGUGAUACUUACGUUAGGCACAUGCUUGUACGGGCCAGAAGUAAAGGGUGGCGAGUGGUAGUAUUCAACAGCCGUGGCUGUGCAGAUAGCCCGGUUACUACACCUCAGUUUUAUUCAGCUUCAUUUACAGAAGAUCUACGUCAAGUGGUGAAACAUGUUGGAAGUCGUUAUCCUCAAUCGAAUUUGUAUGCGGUUGGUUGGUCCCUUGGAGCAAAUAUUCUUGUUCGAUAUUUGGGUCAGGAGUCCAAUAAUUGCCCUCUUUCUGGGGCAGUAUCCUUGUGCAAUCCUUUCAAUUUAGUCAUUGCAGAUGAAGAUUUCCGUAAAGGUUUCAAUAUCAUUUAUGACAAAGCUCUUUCAAGAGCUCUGUGUAAAAUUUUCAAGAAGCAUGCUCUCCUAUUUGAAGAUAUGGAUGGUGAAUAUAACAUCCCAUUGGCAGCUAAUGCAAGGUCCGUCAGAGAAUUUGACGAUGGAUUAACACGGGUUUCCUUUGGUUUCAAAUCCGUGGACGACUAUUACUUUUACUCUAGCAGUUCGCUCUCCAUAAAAGACGUGUGCACGCCUUUAUUGUGCAUCCAGGCUGCUAAUGAUCCAAUUGCACCAUCUAGGGGAAUUUGUCGUGAUGACAUCAAGGAAAACCCAAACUGUCUUUUGAUAGUUACUCCAAAGGGCGGUCAUCUUGGAUGGGUGGCAGGAGAUGAAGCCCCAUUUGGAGCACCAUGGACAGAUCCUGUAGUCAUGGAAUUUUUAGAUCAUCUUGAGAAAGAAAAAAUGGACCCUGCAUCAUGCAGUCAGUUUGACGGUACUGUGCAGCAAUCUUCACCAGGCUUGCACGAGCUAGGAGUGUAGUGAGGCCAAUAUACCAUUUAUUUAUGGGGCACAAUCCAGUGGUAGUAUCAGGCAUAUGUGAGGCUCGCAUGAUGCAUGCAUAAAAUCCAACCCGUCCAUCAUAUGCUUCAGUGCGUGUUACCCCUAUGUACCUUAAAUCAUGCUGAUCCAUGAAUCAUGUGGGCCACACCACAAGGAACAAGUUGGGAGGAAACGCUUACGCUUGAUUUGCCUAGAGGGCCCACCGUGUUGUAUGUAUAAAAUCCAGGCCAUUCCAACCCUUAAUCCGAUCCGGAUGAAAGGUCAGGUCGAAAUUCAAGCUGAUCUUAUAUUUAGGUGGCCCUUGCUUAAAUCAAGUGUGGGCAUCCCAUCUCACAUUUUUGUGUGGUGGCCCACUUGAGUGUUGGAUCAGGCAUACUUUUGACACUUAUGGGUACUGAGAAGCAAGCAUCUGAUGGACAGAUUGGAUGGCCUUCAUACAUCACAUGGCCCCCAUAUCUGCCUAGUGCCACUCAACGGCGCCCCUUUAUUUAUUUAUUUUUCAUUUACGAAGGAAAAUAUUUGUGAUUAUUCAGCGCAAGCCCUGAUGUAUAGCUUGCCAGCUGCUCAGAUGCUCCUGCAGUGAGAUUAGUGGCAUGGUGGAGUGAACUCCAAAUUCAUUAGUAUUACUAAAAGAACAGUGGGGGUAUUUAAUCCCGUCUUUAAUUUC